AUGUAUGAAUGUCAAGUGGAAGGUCUUAUUCCCAAAGAAUUAUUUAUUCACAUGAAUGAGUUAAUCACUUUGGAUUUAGCAAGAAAUUCUAUUGAAGGAUUUGAAGAGUGGAAUGAAGAAAAUUUAACAUCACCUUCUUUACAAUUUCCCAAGAUUAAGGAAAUGAAUUUACAUUGGAACAAAAUCGCUACUCUUCCUGCAUCCAUUUUUAAUGCAUCUGUAUUGAAUCAUUUACAAGAUUUAUUCCUCUCUCAUAAUUUCAUUACUGAACUUCCUGAUUCAUUAAUUUCAUUCUUUCCUGAAGGAGUAUUAGAAUUAGAAACAUUGCACACUCUCGAUCUCUCAAGCAAUUUAUUGAGUGAAAUUCCUUUGGAUCAUAACAAGUGGAGCAAACUUAAGAAGUUGAAUCAACUCUCUCUCGCUUGCAAUCGUAUCAAGGAAUUACCAAAGAAUUGGAUCAGUGAAAAAUGUCUUUGGAAUUUACAGAAAUUGAAUUGUGGAUUUAAUCAACUUUCAUCCUUUGAUAUUUUUGAAAUGAAUGAAAUGGUCACAACCACACAUUGUGCAUUGAGCCAACUCAUUCUCUCUGGUAAUCGAAUUGAAGAAUUUCCCAAAAACUUUAUUGAUGCAGUUAAAACCAAAUUACGAGUUCUUUAUUUAGGUCAUAACAACAUUUCUCAAACAAUUGAUUUCACAUCAUGUACCUCACUUGUACUUUUGAAUCUGUGUUACAAUUCCAUUCAUGAACCAUUUGAACAUGUGUUACCAAAACUAUUCUCAACUCCUUCACUUCAAUAUUUGGAUUUGGAAGGAAAUUAUUUGGAAUGGAAUGACGAAGAAGAAGUGAAAUUACAAACAACAAAUUCCACAACACCAAUUCAUAAUUCCUUGAAUGACUCUCUGAAUCGUAAAAUUUCACAAUUUAGAUCCCAAUUAUUCAAAAACAACAAUAACCAUACGAAAGAAAACAACAACAAUCACCACAUCACGAACUCAUCUUUCAAAGAACUCAAAAUUCUUCCUCAAUUCAACAUUAAGAACACAAUUCAACAAAAAGAUGCCCUCAUUUCACAACAAUUGUCCUAUUGCAAUGGCACCUUCCGUCCAGAUAUGGAAGAUGCUCAUCUCAUGGCAGAAGGAGAGAAAGUGAAAAUUUCAGAUCAUCUCGAAUGCUUACUUUCCAUAUAUGGUAUUUUCGAUGGACAUGCAGGUCACAAUGUUUCCGAUUGGAUGGCACAAAAUUUUGUCUCCAUUUGUAAGGAUACUCUCAAGAAUGAAUUGUUUGAUUUGAAUCCAUAG